AUGGAAGGGAUCGAAAUCAACCCCCAGCUACUUUAUCCCAUCGGCGGAACAAAGCCGCGAAUAUCAGAAGAUUCUGUUACACAGACCGCCGUUGUCAAAUUUUUGAACGAGGGUUUCGAUUUACAAGAAGCCAACACUAUCGUACAGAAACUCAAAUCUGCGGUGAGUGAUACAGAUUCCUUCGUAAUUCCUCGAGAUUUUCUCCGUUUUGGUGACGAAUUAGCCAUGGUCAUGCCGUACGUGGACGGCGGUUCCGUGAAGUCUUUGAUGAGUUGGGGCUUCAAGAGAGGAUUACCCGAAGAUUACGUCGGGUUCCUGCUCAAGAAUGUGUUGCAUGCUCUCGUGUUGCUUCACAGUAUGUCUCUCUUCCACGGCAAUUUAAAAUGCGGAAACAUAUUGAUCUCCUCCGACGGCCACGUGAAGCUAUCGGGUAUCGGCUUUCCAAAAUACGUAAUGGAAGGCAGAGUAAACCUGGGCGAGCAAUAUUUUUAG